AUGCAUUUACCUUCAAGUCUCGUCGCUGUUCUGCUCGGACUUGCGGCCCCCGCCCACGCCGCCUACAGUGCCGAAGAAUUGCGCUACAGCAACUGCAGCUGCCCAGCCGUGACCCCGGCGGUGGCCGACACCGUCACACUCACCAAGACGGUGCUGGCACCAGCGAAGACGGAAACGAGAUACGCCGAGGCGGCGGACCCGCCAGUCACGAUCACAGUAACAGUCACCCGAACCCACGGAGGGUACCGCAGCAAGGCCACAGACGUCGUGACUGUCACCGACGCCCACGAACAAUACGCCACCAUCGCCCCGCCGCCGCCCACCACACCCACAUACGAUCCCCUCGACCAGGACCGGUAUGCCACGACCCUGACAGUCACCUACACCACCUUCCAGACCCUCCAAAGGCCCACGAAGGCAGUAAAGACCGUGACCCGCUACCUCGUCCACGCAACGCCACCCCCUGACAACACAAACGACCCCCCGGUCUAUCCCAUGGACCCCCCUCCCUACCCCAACGACCCCGCCAUCGACCCAGACACCAUCACCACCACCCUCCUCACCACCAAAUACGCCGCCAUCCCCCCACCAAGCAGCACGCCCGACCCCAGCACCAGCACCAGCACCUACACCACCCCAACCGCCGCCACGCCCCCAGCGACCCAUUACGGCCCCGGCUACGGUCCCGGUUACGGCUACGGCUACGGCCCGGCCCGUCCGUCGGCAGGCUGGGGCGGCGGCAGCGGCAACUGGACCGCUACCCCGACGGCGGGGGGUUCCUCCUCGUCCGGGCUUCCUGUUGCUCGCUGGUAUCUUGACGGUGAUCAUUAG